UGUUAGUAGAGGGGGAAUCAGUCGGAUUAUACCACAAUCAGCGAAGGAAUGGUGCCCCUAAACCAUAUCCCAACCCAGCAUCCCGCAACAGCUGCUGCCAUAAAGAAGCCCCCCCUUAAAAUACGGCAUUUUGGAAUUUGUUUGAAAUUAGUUUAAUAGUUCUGACAGGAGUUUACUUUGAGGUGUUUUUCUGCAUUUAAAAAAACAAAAACCUGGUAAUGAAAAGCAUGAUGGAAUGGAACUCCAUUUCCUAUGUUGAUUGAGGGUUUGGUAGCCCCAAGGAAAAGCAGCCCACAGGGAGUGUCCAGGGCAUAACCAACAGUAUCAGGAUGGAGGUGAAGUGGACCCAACUGGGCAUGGUUUUCUUCCUGCUUCUGUCCAUCGUCAUGACUGGUUGCUUCCUGUGGCAGUACAAGCUUCCCAAGAUUGAGGAGGCUAACAGGUCAUCAGGCAAUGAUAAUGCUGAGCGAAUGUGCCCCCGAUUCCCUGAACCAGCCCCCCUGGAGCACCCCAUCCCCUCUCUCAAGGCGGCGCUUGAGAAGGUGGACAUGCUUCUUCGACACACCAUCCAUGCCACCAGCCUCCCAUCAAUGUCCGCCAUCGUCAUAUAUAAUGACACUGUCCUGUGGACUGGCAAUUUCGGCAAGAGAAAUGGAUCAGACCCGUUCUCUCCCCCACCUAACGAAUACACAAUCUACAGGAUCGCAAGCUUGUCCAAGAUUUUCCCCACACUCAUGCUGUACCGGCUGUGGGAGGAGGGGAAGGUGACAUCCCUAGACGACCCCCUGGAGAAGUACGUUGAGAACUUCACCAUCAAGAACCCCCUGGGGAAGGCCAAGGACUCGGAGCACAAGUACGUCACUGACGGGCUCAUCUUCCACGACAGUGGGGAAGUGCCCAUCCGGACCUCCUCCGUCACACUGCGCAGGAUGGCAAGCCAGCUCUCCGGUUUACCUAGAAGACUGCGAGCGACCAACCUACUAUGGAAGGGCAAGACACAGACAGCGAUCAAUCUGCUACAGGAUGAUGUCUUGGUGGCUGAUCCUGGUACAAGGUGUCAUUACAGUAACCUAGCCUUCUCCCUGCUGGCUCACGUCUUGGCAGAGAAGGUGGUGGGCUCCGACUACCAGCGCUGGAUCUCGGAAAACAUCCUGGACCGGCUUGGGAUGGAGGACACCGGCUUCGACAUCACACCCACCAUCCAGGCUCAGAUGGCAGUGGGCUUCUAUACCAGCGGGCACCCAGCCCCCCUCUAUGAUCUCGGCUGGUACCGUCCCUCGGGGCAGAUGUACUCCACUGCAGCCGACCUGGCCAAGUUAGCUAUGGUCUUCCUGGGUGCCUACCACCGCAAGCUCCUAGAGCCCGACACCCUAAAGAUCAUGCUUACUCCGCUUUUCCGCUGCGCCAAGGAUUACUUUGCCAACCGGACGGGCACCCCCUGGGAGGCCAACGAACAGCUGGGCUAUGAGGUGGUGCGGAAGGAUGGCGACUUGGAUGGCUAUUCUGCCACCUUCUCCCUGGUUCCCAGGCUCAAGCUGGGCUUGGUCGUCCUGAUGUCUGGCACCAGACCCCAAGACGAGGAUGUGGUAACCAAGGCUUAUAACUACCUUAUUCCAGCCAUGGAGACAGCUUUCCGAGAAGCCAGUCGAGUGCUGACCCCGCCUCCCAACCCGGUCUCUUAUGCUGGAUACUUCACCUACAGCAACAUCACCUUCUACGAGAUCAAACCCGGGCCAGACAGGGUCCUGAUCAUGCAACAGUUUGGUCCACACAUCGCGGAUCUGAUCCCAGAAAGGUACAGGACCAUAAAACUCCACUACCUGGAAGACAGGGUCUUCCAAGUGGUCUUUGAGAAAGAAUACCCCUGUGUCUUACAAGUCAGCACUGCCUCCGUCUCUCUGGAAGCUCAGGAUGGGCAGCUCUUUAACUUUUACCCCCUUGACAAGAAGGGUUUGUCUCCUGGAUUCGACGCUCCAGGACUCAACACUUACAACGUGGUCCGGAUUCCCCGCAGACCCACUUUUAACAUUUAAACUUUUCUUUAUGGAAGACAAGAAAGGAGUAAGAGUGGUGGGAUUUUUAGGAACCUGACAUUAAGAAGGAAUUUAUUUUUCUAUCUGUUUUCUAUGAACUGCUUGCUUGAUUUUUAGGGUAUGAUGGGGAAUUAAAAUGACACAAUAGCUGGGUUGUAAAAGGUCACACUAAAAAUAUACAUGAGAUUCAUUUUUUCACCCUUAUCAGAUAUCUGUCUUUCUUGUGCAGUUCAACACUGAUAGAGGCUUAAAAAGCCACUUUCCAAGGGUUUAAAGGUUUCCAGUCUUCUCACUACAUUUUAAUUACAUUGCUUCCCUGGUUAAGACACUGUAUGCAUUCUGCAUGGAACUGAAAAGUCAUCUCCUGUUAAUAAUCAGUCAUCUCUGCUUGACAAACAACCGUCUGCAGGUGCAAAAUAAUGUACAGGCCCCCUGCUUAUUGAAAUUCAUUGAAAUUGCUUUGAUAUCAUUUAUAUAUCCAGCACUGUUAGUAAAUGAAGAACUCAUGGUAAUAAGUACACCAUAUGGUUGAAUAAAUCUCAUGAUAAUUUGCUUUAUGAAAAUUCAGGUGCUAAUUCAUUACAAAAAUAUAAUAAGCAUUCACAGACAUGCAGUGAGAAAGGGAAGUUGCAAAUAGUUUUUUUUUUUAUUACUGUUUCACACAUAUACUCCAAGCAUCAUAGAAAAAACAGCGCUGUGCGUCACAAACAGUGUUUUAUAUUCAGCUUCAUGAAUUAAGUGCAGAUGGAAGACCCUUGGGUGUAUUUGUCUCAAACAAGACUCAAAACCUCCUGAAUAUAGCAAAUGGUUUAACCAAGCAGAAGCAAUGUCGCUUAAAACAACACUAACAUUUUGCAUUGUGGAUAUAGUCUGUUUUCCCAUUCUAUAAAUAUUCUCACAACACCUAUCUAUACAUCGGUAGAUGUGAGCACCACCUAAGGUCUAUUUGUGAUUUGCACCUGUAGCAUAUAUUAAAUUGGUGUUUAUAAUUUGGUUUGUUUUGUGUAUAAUUCUCUACACUGUAGGUUAGCCGAUUGAUGAAGGGUUUAGCAAAAAAGGACUAAGAUCCAAGAUCUUGCUGGAUCAAACAAACCUAAUCUAAUAACUGCCCAUACCACAGUAACUCAAUGGUUUAAUGGUUCUCUACCAAGGCUGUACUAUGGUAUACACCAAUGUCAGAAUGGUACAACAGUGGUAACAUUUUCAUAUUUGAUAUACCAAUAGUGUGUUAUCAACCAAUACAUCGGUGAUCUGUUGCAGUCACUGGAUCAUAUUCACACCAGUAUGCUUCUGUAUUGUGCAGUAGUUGUUCCAAAUCCAUUGUGUUGCCAUUGUUGAUGGUUAUCGUCCAAUGGUCAUGUGAGUAUUUUUUGAAGGCAGCAACAUGAGAAAUAUGCAGAAAUAAAAGAGUUUAUUAAUGUUCAGAAGUAAUUAUAUCCCCAAUCAGGUCAAUUCGCAACUUAAAUACAAAAUUGAAGGGGGAUUGUGGUAAGAAUAGCAGAAACAGAGACAGAAGACUGCAGUUCAGCACAGCCGUGCUUUUUUAUUAACACAACAAAACAAAACAAACAAACAAACAAGAAUAACCAAUUAAAUCAAUGCACCCAAGCAGAGAUAUCACAGAGCAGCAACAGGGAGCACAACCUGUUGCUAUCAGUCCUUUCCCUAAACUAAAUGAGCGGGCUCCCUUUAUAUACCAAAUGGUCAGGGAAAUCAAUUAAUCAGUCAACACCUAGCCACAUUCUGUAUAUGGAUUUGCCAGGGAUGGGAUGUUAACCUUUAUUUAUAACAAAAAAACACUCUUUAAAAGUGCAGGACCUCAGCCCUGCCACACGAAUAAGUUGUAAAUAGCAGAGACGUACCAAACGCAGGUAAUAAUUUAACAGCUGAUUAACCCCCUAGUUUUCAUUUUAGAUAUCUCUACAGCUCCCUUGAAAACAAUAAGAAAAGCCAGUCAGCUAAUGAAACAUCUCAUGGAUAACAAUCUGAAACAAUACUGAAACUGCUCUGCUCUGGAUUGUGAAUGAUCUCCUGCUUAAUGCUGAUGCUGCGGCUCCCUCUGUGCUUGUCCUCCUUGACCUAACAGCCGCUUUUGACACCAUAGAUCAUAGCAUUCUUCUUGACCGCCUUCAGAAGUAUGCUGGGAUCUCUGGAACCUGUCUCUCCUGGAUGUCCUCUUACCUAUCUGGACGUAUGCAGUCUGUUUUCUAUGCUGGACGCAGUGGUGUUGCAAACUCAGUCACUUGUGGUGCCCCUCAAGGGUCUGUUCUUGGGCCCCUUUUCUCUUCAACAUCUACAUGCUUCCCUUGGGUCACCUCAUCCGCCAACAGCCUCAUGUUUCACUCAUAUGCUGAUGACACCCAGCUCUACUUAAAACUCGACCCUGGAAGCCCCUCUGCCAUGGUCCUGCUCUCGGCUUAAAUUCAAGACAUCAAGGCCUGGCCUGCCAAUUUUCUUCAGGUCAACACUAACAAAUCUGAACUCCUUCUAGUAGAAUCUAAAACUCAACUUAAGAAUCUCAAUAUAGCUGCCCUGAACCUUAGAAACUGUCUGCUGCUGCCAUCCCCCACUGUACGAAGCCUUGGUGUACUUCUGGACAGCAACCUUUCCUUUGAUGCCCACAUCUCAUCUGUGGUCAAAUCUUCCUUCUACCACCUUCGAAACAUCUCCAAAGUCCGUCCCUACCUUUCCCUCCCGGAUGCGGAGAUCUCUGUCAUGCAUUUCUCUUCUCGACUUGACUACUGCAACUCUCUCUAUGGUGGUCUUCCGACACACGCCAUCAACUGACUCCAGCUAGUUCAGAAUGCCGUCGCAAGGAUCCUUACCAGAUGUAAAAAACGUGAUGCUCUCACCGUCGCACGCUUUAAAUCAACUCUCAAGACCCACUUGUUCUCUCUUGCUUUCCAUGCUCUUUAAGCCUGAUAUCUGUUAUUAGCUGCUGUGUCUUUGCUACUUCUGAUUUUUCACUACAUCUUCUUAUGAUUCUAUAUGACAUAUGCAGCCACAAUGUUUUAGACUUUUCACAUCCUAGCCUUGUAUUUAGUGUAUUAUGCUUUGUUUUUCACUGUAAUUAAUGUAUUAUGUUUUUUUUUUUUCUUUCUGUAAAUUGCUUUGUGAUGGUGGUCCAUUAUGAAAGGCGGUAUUUGGAGUAGUGGUUAGGGCUCUGGACUCUUGACCGGAGGGUUGUGGGUUCAAUCCCCAGUAGGGGACACUGCUGUUGUACCCUUGAGCAAGGUUAUUUAUCUAGAUUGCUCCAGUAAACACCCAACUGUAUAAAUGGGUAAUUGUAUGUAAAAUAAUGUGAUAUCUGUAUAAUGUGAAAUAAUGUACAAUGUGAUAUCUUGUAACAAUUGUAAGUCGCCCUGGAUAAGGGCGUCUGCUAAGAAAUAAAUAAUAAUAAUAAAGAUUGAUUGAUAAAAAAAAACUAGCAAAAACAAAUUAGAACUCGAAUUUACCUGUUUCCACUGGUAACUUUUUUUUUUUUUUCGCAACCAUAGCAACACUGUGUCAGUCACUUUUUUUUUGUCUUACCACCAAACUUUAUGGACUCUUGUGAUAGAUAUCUUACUUGCUCUGCUAUUAUAUGUCAUAAAAUGAUUUUUACCACUGACUUUUUAAAUGAAAUAUGUAUUUAAGUAAUGUGAAUAAACCAUUUUAGGUGAAAAUGUGAAAUGUUAGCCACUAACUCCCCAGGUAACUGAAAGAAAAUGUAAAUAUUCCUUGGCUAAGUCUUGUUACUGUUCCCUCUCAAAAAUUAUUAAUCAAAAUCCUAAUCGAAAGCGGCAGAACUGCUUACAGCAGGUUAUUGACUUAAAAUAAAUGGUGAAUCUCAAUGACUUAUUACAGUGGCUAAAUUAUUUCAAACCAAAAUAAAUAAUUAAUUGACAGGUUCUGUUUUUUGGUCCUAAUUUCUGAACAAAGAGCUACCUGAAACAUAUAUUUUUGCAUUAUAUUGAGUUAGCAACAGAGGAUCGCACCCAUGUCCCCUGUCUCAAGGUGCAGAAACCAGCACUUCCUGUGGAGCACACAUACAAUUCAUUACCAUCUGUAUUGGCCUCUAUUCUCAAACACAGGAAUCUGAGGAAGAACUGGCCCUCCACAGAAUGUGGGAAUUGAUAACAUUUGCUCCACACUUGUUGAAUAAACUUAUUCAAGUUUAUUCUCCACCUCCUGCCCUCAGAAAACCCUUCUCCAAUCAGAAAUAGAACAAUGGCCAAUGAGGAUCGCAUUCAUUAAAUUCAAUUGUGGAGAAUGUAUGCAAAUGAAUCAUUCAUGGUAUAAAUGUGCGCGUGUUCUCCCAGUGGAGUUGUAGUUUGAAUGGGACAAUCAGUAUCGCAACGCAAAUCCCUCCUUUUUGGUAAUCACACAUACAGGAAUACAUUCAGAUCUUUUCUCACUGAAUUCCCCGCUUUGACACAAAGUUAGGUACUUUUUUGUAGGUUAUUAUGAUUGGGUUUGCUUCUGAAACAACAAACAUUUAACACGCUAAUGAUCUCAAAUAAUAACACAAAAAAAUAGUUAUUUUUGCUUUUAAAUCAACAACUUAAGAUGCAGAAAUGCAAUACUGAGUUUGAGAGUGUGGUUAUAUACAUACAGACCUUUAGUAAGAGUUUGGAAAAAGUAUAGUUUCCGAUUUUAAAAGCAUCUAAAUACAUGUUUCUGAAUAUUGCUUGUGGGAAAAGUUCCUGCAGCCGUUUUAGGUUUUGUAAUACAAUAUCUGUUUUUGGCUGUAAAAAAACGCUAUAGGAAAAUAAUGGGUUAGCUUCACUAAUUUAGAAAAAGAUAAAUGAGUGCAUGAACUGUGGCAACAACAGACACAAUAAAGCGUUUUUUGUUGCAUUUUUUUCCUAUUAAAUAAGUUCCCUAAGUCAUUUCAGAGGCUGUUUUAGGUCAUGUAUAUUCAUAAUGAAAACUGGGAGUUCCCAAUGAUGACUUUCUCUCCCUGUGGAAAUUAUUCAGAUGCAACCUUGAGGCUGUCUCUGGAAUCUGAUCUGGAUAAUGGAAACAAAUGGAAAUGGUUCGAAUUUGAAUGUUAUAUGUUUAUCUUACAGGCCCCCUUGUUAAUCCACAAAAAUAAAUCCAUUAAGUAUAAGCUUUUGAGCGUUUCUUCAAAAAUGGAUCUGAGAUUUCAUUUAACCUGAUUGGUCAAUAUGAGGUCCCUUAUCUCUGGUAAAGGACCUUGAAUGUUAUCAUUGAAAUGAUGUUUAAUCCCUGUUCCAAAUAAAUCCACCGGAUAAUAUGUACAUAUACUUUUCAUUUAUGUAUUUUACCUUUUC